AUUUUAAUGAACAACUUUCAGCUGAAAAUAAUCAGAGGGAACGCCAAAUCUAUCAAAAAACAUUCAUCAAAUCACUUUUUAUGCAAAAUACUGUUGAUGAGCCAAUUGAUGAAAUUAGUCAUUAUCUUUCUUUACCUGAAAUUUCCUACAAUCAUAAUCCUUUUCACUGGUGGAAUACUCAAAAGACUUCCCUUCCUCUCUUAA